CGAGCAUGCAGCACGUCAUGUCAGAGGGAAUUUCCCAUGUUGUGACGACAUAACUUAGUUUAGGCGCGGGCCUAAACCCACGAAAACGGUGAUUCAUUCACCCACUCUUCCUCCAUACGUGUGUUGGGCCAUUGUGCAAGUCCACAUUACACAACCUGUCACGAUAAAAAUCCGGUUCCCUAAUUAGAUGAUGAUAUCACAAUUUCUCCACAGUUACAAAGUUACACGUCAUUUGAAAAGAUGAACUGAAGUUAAAAGUUCCAGAAAUACAACAAUGAUCAUGGAAUUUGAGGAGCAUUCUCAAGGUCCAACCAAAGUCCAGUUCACGGUGUCUCGUAGCUCCCUGCCCAAUCUGCUGGAAUGGACAGAGCGUCUGCAGGUGCGGUUCCGCGUCGCCAUCGAUAUUCAGUGGGAGCUGGAUGCGCAAGCUGCGCGCAUCAGCGAGGCCAAGCAGGUGCGAUGGGUGUCCCUGAGUGGCGACGCGGCAGACUGCACUAAAGCUCAAAAGUAUAUUACUAUAUUUUGUGAUGCAAUGCACAAAAUGAAUAUAACAUAUCCAGAAAGUAUUCACACAGAACUGAAAGAAUCACAAACAAAAUUGGAGGAGAAUUACUCGUGUGUUUUGCAGUUCCUGAAAAAGGGCGAACUUCUCGCCAAGAGCAACGACGAGAUGAACUUGUCCCUGAUCCUGUCUGUCAUAGAAGAGAAAGAUGUACAAUUUCAGCACAGAAAUUUUGCAAGAUUAAUGCAGCCUUUUCCUAGACAAAGUGCUCCUGAAAAGCAUCCGAAGUCAGAUGAUGUAGAUGACAUGGAUCUGGAUGUGGAUAGCAUGACGGUAGAGAGUCCUAACGAUAACCUGGAGCACCCGUUGAUGAGAAGCAGGUCACCGUUUUAUUCCCAAACCCCAACAAAACAGAGGGAUUUGUUAGGAGGAGACCCUUUGAAGUUGAAGGGUGAAGAUGAAGUAAUCAUUCAAGGACAACCUAGUAGAUUACUUAUCCCGGCUUCGUCGAAGUCCUCCAUUUCACCUGACAGGAAGAAAAUCAAAUCCCACUUGCAUCUAGACCAAGGUAGCAGCUCUGAAUCUUCCUCGCCUUUUUACCUGGGACGCACUUAUAGUGGCAGCUUGUUGGAGUUGCAUUUGAAUUCCCAACAAAUGCUUGCUGUACAGCGGUUAAAAGAGCGGGGUGAUUUUACGCAAACAGAGAUCGAUAGGGUCUUGCAAAAAGUUGGUAGCGAUUGGGAGUGCUCCGAUUUGAUUACAAUGUUGCGAAGGGAGCAGACCCAGAAAAGUAUUCCUUCAGCUGCAUCUCGCCGUACAAAAGCUUCAGCUACAAACCUGGAAAAGUUGAAAAACACGCAGGAAUCACUGAUGCGGAGUUUACGAGAGCAAAGCUCUCCUGAUAGAUCUCAAAUAAUAUUUUCACAAUUCAAUCCAAAAAGUUCCUCAACGCCUGCUACUUGGACACAUGAAGCACAAAUUAAAGAAACUCCUGUUGUCAAAUCUGCAAUGUCAAUAAAGGAAGAAGAAUAUGACCCACAUUUUAACGAGGAUGACAAACAAUUAGAGAGAGAACAUGUUGUUUAUGAUGACGAUUUCGAUAGCGUCAUAACUGUAGAUGAGACGGACAGCAUAAUAGUUAUCCCCAGCGAAAGUGAACCUGAGAUUGUAAUCGGGGACUCCUCAGAGGAAUCUGAAACGCACGAGGAAUUCUACAUCAAGGGGGUCCUCCAAGAAAAGCCCAAGAAAGCAUCAGGCUCGAGAUUAGCAAAACGCAGCACUAAACCCAGGCAGUUCGGUCACGUCGACGUGCCACUUGCCGUGAGGGAAAAACAGGAUGAGCUGCAGGGAGUCAUCGAAAGUCUGAGACAGCAGAUCACGGACCUCCAAGACAAGACGGAACGGGACCGGGCUGAGGCCAGCAGCCAGCAGCAAGUGGCCAACUUACUGCAGCAGACCCAGCUAGAGGAAAUGGAGAGACAGUACCUGCAGCAGCAGCAGAGACUGCUGGAGCAACAGCGAGAGUUCCAGAAGCAGUUUGAGAUGCAGGAGCAGAAGCUCAAGGAGCAGCAGGAGACGGCCCUCAAGCAGCUGCAGCAGCAACAGCAGCAGCAGCAAGAGAAACUGAAACAGGAGCAGGCUCAGGCAGCGGCUGAGGAUCCCAGCGAAGCAAUUGUCAUCGCGCCGGCUAAGAGAACUCCUGCUAGUCCAUUGCGGCCCGUCGUCAUAGAUGGCAGCAAUGUAGCCAUGGGCCAUGGAAGGAAUAAGAUCUACUCUUGUCGCGGAAUAGCCAUCUGCAUCCAGUACUUCCAGAGGCGGGGCCACCGAGACAUUACGGUCUUCGUCCCCCAGGGUAGGAGGACACAGAAUCCCAAGUCCCUGGACCGGCCAAUGAAGGAUCAACAGAUACUGGAGCAGCUAGAGAAGCAGGGUCUGCUGUCCUUCACUCCAUCCAGGAGGAUUGGAAGCACGUACGUCAACUGUUACGAUGAUAGAUUUAUUGUUGAGCUUGCCGUGGAGAAUGAUGGAGUCAUAGUAUCCAAUGACAAUUACAGAGAUUUGAUGGGGGAGUCACCCAAGUGGAAGUACGUCAUCGAAAACAGGUUGGUAAUGUACACCUUCGCUGGUGACCGUUUCAUGAUUCCCGAUGACCCACUUGGCAGAAAAGGGCCCAGAAUUGAUCAAAUUUUGCAAAGAUCCCAUCCACCCAGGACUGUCGCAGCAGCUUUUGGGAGUCACCAAAUUUUAAUGGCACCGGCCCCAGCAGGACCCGUAAUAAGGGCAAUACCAGGCCUUGCAGUUCCCAUGAUGCACACCACAGCAGGAAUAGUCCCGCAGUGGGGUACGCGUGGAACAGCAGGUGCUCAGGCCAUGAGACAUGUUGCCGCAACCUCCCAGGCGAGACCCAAGCCCGCUCCCUCGGCCGCAGCAAGCAAGGCUGCAGCCAAGCCAGAGAUGGCCCCUUCAGUUGGCCAAAACCCCGCUCAGUGGCGUACCGGUGGAAAGACUGGUGCCCAGGUUGUGAGACAUGGUGCCACAACCUCCCAGGCGAGACCCAAGCCCGCUCCCUCAACAUCAACCUCUGCAAGCAAGGCAGCAUCCAAGCCAGAUGUGGUUCCUUCGGGUGGCCAAAACCCUGCUCAGUGGGGUACCAGUGGAAAAACUGGUGCCCAGGUUGUGAGACAUGGUGCGGCCACCUCCCAGACGAGACCCAAGCCCGCUCCCUCAACCUCAACCUCUGCAAGCAAGGCAGCAUCCAAGCCAGAGAUGGCCCCUCCAGUUGGCCAAAAACCUGCCCAAGAUCCCAAAAACCAUCCGUGCUAUGAUAUACUGAUGGGGAUCUUCCCCAGCAAUGAAGAAGAGGUUCUGCGAGUGUUGGCGAAAAACAGCAGCACCGAGGAUGCCAAUGAAUUGGUGAUACAAGUUCUUGUGGAAAAAGAGAAGAGCGAGUCCUAAAACCUUCAAAAUCUUUGAAGAGGUUUUGAAGGGUUGUGUGAGAUUGAAGAUGGUGGUACCUUACAACUGUUAUGCACUUGGGGCUUGAUGAUUCCUGAAGAAAAAUUAGAGUUCAAGAAUGCUUCAUUACAUUCCUACCCUUGUGGAUUUGUUUGAUUUGGAAAGAUUUCUAUCAAGAAUACCAGUAAAGUUGGAUUUAAAUUGUGUAAAAUAGGACUUCUUUUACAGUGGAAUACCCAUGACCAAGUUGGCCUGCUUGUCUGGGAAAUGGAUGCGAAGGUUGUGUUCCUUAGGAGCUGACUGAGGCAAGCACCCGGCUCCACUGAACUGCAACUCACUCAUACAUGGAAUAACCACAAUGGACGACUUGUACAUAGCCAUUUAUAUGUAACAAGCACAUCUGCAACUAAAAUGAGGAAGACAAGAAAUCGCAAGAUGUUGCACAAGGUUGGAGGUGAAGAGAAAGCAGCUGAAACAAAUUUUGUUUGUAAAGCCAUUAUUUUUUUUUUGCUUUAUUUUAAGGUGGUAGGAUCAAAUGGGUAUUUAGAGGUAUACGGCAUCAGCACUCUUCUCUGGGAGUGAAUCAAUGAGAACAAGAAGGUUCCAACUCCACAAAUUUGCUUUUGUAUAUUUAUGGAAAAAGUCCCAAGUGCUGUUUUAUCAUUUUUUUUUGGUUCAAAAACAAGCAAAGAAGUUUGAAGUUCAGAGGGGACAUUUGUGAAGUUUUUUCCCUGAUUACAGAAUUUGAAAAAAGAAAAAUCUGUUGUACAAAUCUGUUGGUUCUGAAAUUUCAUCAUAAAGGUAUCUCUACCUAUAAAGGUUUAUAUAGAACAAAACAAAUGUGUAUAAGAAGGGGUGCCUGUAGGCAAAUACAAACAUAUACCAUGGACCCUGCGUUGCUUUGGGCUCUCACCAACCCACAAACCCUCUGUCGAUUAUUUCAUGGAUUGUUCAUUCCCCCCCCCCCCCCCUGUCUCGCCUCUGGGAGAUGGAUACUGACCCUUCUUUUUCACCCAGUGACGCCCAUCUUAGCAUCAGUAAUGCGUGGAAUCUAACUCGUAUUAAGCAAAAUGGUGGAGUUGCACCUAAUUCUCGUGUAGCAUUUUUUUUUAAAUUGAGCUGGCAUUUCUUGCGCUAGAGACCUGAUCAUUUUGGGUUUUGUAAAAUAUAAUUAAUCAAGACAUUGAAGUUUGGAUGCAUUUGCUUAACUUUAUAAUUAUACUCAUUUGAAUGUAUUUGGGCUCAAAAGUAAAUUUCGUCUUUCGUUCUAUUCUGCUGUACAUGUAGUUUGCUUUAAAUCUUGCAUUUCAUCUAUCUGUAGACUAGCUAGCAUUUCUAUCACGAUGGCCCCCAUCAAUGGCCGAAGCAUUGUGCUAGCAAUUCAGAUAAUCCAUCAUGGACCAGUGUCUUUGUACAAUAGUAUGCAAUGGUUUCUCCAUUGAAGGGGGCCUCAUGAGUGUACAGUGGUCACGUGCUAUUCAUCUAGAGUACUUAUUGAGGUUUCAGAUUUCAAAAUCGUCUGGUCACAUAACCACUAAUUUGCCAUUGUACAUGGCUUUUAUACUCACACAUUUCAAUACCAGCAAUGCACUGUUGAUCAAUCGCUAUAUUCAAGCAUUUGUAGAAAAGGGAAGCUUUGUUUAUAAGUAAGUAACCAGUCAAUGCUGUACUCGGAAGUUUUCAAUAUAGAGUUGAGUUUAAUGUUGAGUAGUAGUUGUAACAGACCCACAGCUCCAAGAAUCAUUGUAAACCCUUAUCAACUCUUAAUACAUGUAGUAGUAACCAUAAUGCUUCGUGAUUCUUUAAAAUCAUAUUUUUUUGGGAUAGAUAUAUCUACCUCCGAACAGUUCAUGAAGUUUGUAAGUAAUAAGUUUCUUGUCAGAGUGCCUUGUUUGAAAGAUAGAAGCCCUUUCAGUCAUGCUGUUCAGUUGUUUUAAUCUGUGCAUGGUUUUCUUGCCUUUUACCAGUUCACAACAAUUGCAGUGAAAAAAAAUAAUGUACUUAGUUAAACAAGAGCCUUGACGCUAAAUUUGGCUAUUGUGUUCAAUUUGUUGUAUCAGUUCUAAUUCUUUAGAGUAUUGACACUUUAUAAUGGCUGUACUUUGGAGUGCAGUUACAUUGUAUUUAAUUUUCUUGAGAAAAAAUAUAUUGAAACAAGUUUGUACUACAUAGUUUAAUAUUUUGAAGUUUAAAAACAUCAUCUUAUUCAAAAUAAAGAUGUUUGUCAACAAGACAUACCUGU